AGCAGCAGGGGGGGGGAAGAGCACGUGGUGCUGGUGGUGGUUUUGACGGUGGGAGCAAUGGGGAUUCAGAUGGUGAGGAGUGGUCCGAUGAGGAUGAGGCAAGAGCGGGAGUAGGAGUAGGAGGGGGAGGGGGAGGGGGAGGGGGAGGAGGAGGAGGAGGGGGAGGAGGAGGAUUGCAGGGAGAGGAUGUGCGGAGGGGAGGAGGGGCGGCAGGGAGGUAUGCGCCAGCUGGCGCGUCGCUGCUGAGGCGGCACAGCACGACCAACCGACGCCGCCCGGCCAUGCGGUCCCUGGACGAGAGGGAGGAGGACGGGGAGAUGACGGACUAUAGAGGUGACUAUGGGAGGGGUGAUAAUGAUUGCGGUGAUAACCGCUGGGGAGGCUACAGGGGGGGCGAGGGCCACAGCAAGCAGAGAGACGGACAGGAGGAGUAUGAUCAGUCACACCUUCCCCCCUGGAAAAGAGGCCCCGGGGCGGACCUUGUGUCGGGUUCAGGCACAGGGUUAGGGUUGGGGCCGCCCUUGGUGUCCAGGUGGCAAGGGAUAGCAGAUGGGGGGGGGAAUGGAGAGUGGAGGGACAUGCCAGGAGUGUCCAUGUCAUGUGGGAGUGGGGCGUUUUGGAACGGAAGGGGCUUUGACGUUGCACCUGGGGGUGCGGCCGUGGCUGCUGCCAACUCUAGGCACAGGCCAGGUUCGGCGUCAGGCUUGCGUUCCGGACCAAUCCGCGAGUCAGGUUCGACGAGAGGCCCGGCAAGUGGUGGAGAGCAGAUGGGUGUGAGAGGUGGAGAAGAGAGGGGGGGGAGAGGUGACCGGGGAAGCAGCUGGGGUGGGGCUGGAGGGGAUUUGGGGGAAGAUGGUGUGAGUAGUGCGAGUGUGAGUAGAGCAGGUUUGAGUGUUCGGGGAGGAAGGCGGGAGGAAGAGGAGGAGUGGAGGCAGGGCGAGAGGGCCAGUGCUAUGGGGAUGGGAGAGGGUAGGGAGAAGGAGGUGGAGGUCUGGGGGAACGAGGAGGGAGAGGAGAGUGAUGGAGGUGGCAGUGUGGUGGAGUUUGAGGAUGAGAGUGAGGAGGGAGAGGAGAGCGAGGAGGGAGAGGACGAUGAAGAGGAGCAAGACGAGGAGGAAGAGGAGGAUGAAAGGGAAGGGGACAACUAGAGAGAAGAUGGGGAAGAGGACGGAAUUUAGAGGCAAUGGAGAAAAACCGUACAGACUUGAUGAGGGUGUGAAAGCAUAUACUUGGCUCCCAGCUGUGAGCUGGAUGGCUCAUUCGUAUUGUAUAAUUUGAUUACUAUUUAUUGACGAGUUGCUUGUAUGGGUACGAAGGAAGGCAUGUUCUUGUGUGGUGGUGGUGCAUGUAAAGCUAGUCUACU